CCCAGUCCAUUCUAUGAUUCUAUGAUUGCUUGUUUACUGUUCUUCAAAGCUGAUUUUACCUGGGUUUAAUGCCUAUUAUCUGCAUAGAAUAUCUUCUACCAGACACCACUAUUGAGAGGCUGUUGCAUACUUGAAAAAUACAGGACUGUUAUCUUUACAUUAAGUUUUUUUUCAAUUUAGCAACACCCGUACAAAUCAUUUAAUAACCUUUCUUCUGUAGUUUCCAGUCAGCUUGGAAUUCAGCUCAGCUCAGAAUUCUAAGGUAACUGGGAUGGGGCUGUGGCUUAUUCACUUCAUGCAUGGGAACACAAAGAAUUACAGGAUUUACGUGGAGUGAACAGCAUUGUUCCAAAUAUAGCCUUACAUACCUGAAGCUCGUCCAUGGCUGCCAUGGAUCUGCAACAUUAUCCACAACUGUAACUUUGGAACAUACAUUCAUUGUACUGUGAAUAGUUAUGCUGGAGUAAUAACUGUUGAUCGUUGGUAAAACAAAUCAUCAGGCUACAUAAACCAUAUUGUAAUGACAUUUUAUUUGAGUUCUCCAUAGGGCUUAAACUUAUACUUACUGAAGGUAUCAGUGGGAAUGAUAUUCAGGCCAUAUAUUGUGUGUAGUGUUCUGAGAUUUUACCUGUAUUAUGCGCAUAUGGUGGUGUGUUACAAUUCAUGUUAUGAUAUCAAUGCAAAUAAUUCCUUUCUGCACUUUAAAAUGUGAAAUAAAUGACUCAGCAAACUUCAGUAACUCAAACUUUGGAGUAGAAAUGAGUUUGAUAAAGGGAAGUAUAAAGUUGUGCAUCUGAGAAAGAGUAACUGCAUGUACUGGUACAUGCUGGGGGCCAACUGGCUGGAAAGCAUCCUGGCAGAAAAGGGCCUAGGACAUGGAUGUCCUGCUUUUUGGCUUGCCUGGGCCACACUGAGUGAACAGGAAUUGUCUUGAGCUGCAGAUGCAAGAUUUGCAGUGCAAGGUUACUCCAAAAGUAAUGCCUCCUAUUUAUUCCCAUGGAGACUACAACAGAUACAGAGAGCACAAUAACACUGCUAGAGCUAACACUAUUUUGCAACAUAGUCACCACCAUUAGUUAUGGAUUUUUGCCAACAUGAACAAGAGUCUGCAUGCUGCACUCACAAAUAUCUGCACCAGUAGAGGUUACCCACUGUCACUGUUGCCACUGCUGAAAUACACCACCCACCACCUCAUUGUGCUCACAUCCACUGUUUGGUUGCCAUAAAUGGCAACAGAGGGGCCAAUGCUUGCUGAACAUCUGUUGCACAGCAACAAAAUGUAAUGGAACGCUGGUGGGAAGGUUCCGCCUCUACAGCCAUACCACCAACAUUCACCUCUGACACUGUGCUUUAAAAUAGCAGGCAUUAGUUUUGGAGCAGCCCUCACGAAAUACAUAGUUCCUGUAUAUAAAUAACAAAAUUUAUUUUAAUCUUUAAUGUUUUUUAUUAAAAGAAUAAAAAAGGGGCAACAAAAACACUGAACUAACAGGAUAUUUGAUCUUGUUUUUGUGAUGCUAACGUACCAAGCUGGUUCUGUGGCAGUGGCUGCAAUUCUUAAUGUAUUCUCAAGCAAACUGCGUUGCAUUGGAGUGCCUACUACAAUAACCCUGAGCACGUGAAACUUCUCAUAAAACAUGAUUCAAAUAUUGGAAUCCCGGAUAUUGAAGGAAAAAUCCCACUUCACUGGGCAGCUAACAAUAAGGAUCCUAGUGCAAUUCACACAGUGAAAUGUAUUCUGAUUCAGCAGUGCUUGGUUACAUGAAAAACCUUGGGAAGAUUUAAGGAGAAAAGAACAGGAUAUAGUUCCAUUAAUAUGAUGGAAGCAACUGCUUAGUACUCUGUCUCUGUUUUAUAUCUCUUCUCUUUGUUUAUUCUUCAUGGAAGCUGCACCUACAGAAUCUCUGCUUAACUGGCAAGACUAUGAAGGACGAACUCCACUUCAUUUUGCUGUUGCUGAUGGGAAUGUGGCAGUGGUUGAUGUCCUGACCUCCUACGAAGGCUGCAAUGUGACGUCGUAUGACAACUUGUUUCGAACUCCUCUUCACUGGGCAGCCUUACUUGGUCAUGCUCAGAUUGUCCAUCUCUUAUUAGAAAGAAAUAAGUUUGGAACUAUCCCAUCUGAUAGCCAAGGUGCAACACCUCUGCAUUAUGCUGCACAGAGCAACUUUGCUGAAACAGUUGAAGUAUUUUUGAAACAUCCUUCUGUAAAAGAUGACUCAGAUCUUGAGGGAAGAACGUCUUUCAUGUGGGCAGCCGGGAAAGGCAGUGACAACGUCAUAAGGACUAUGCUGGAUUUGAAACUGGAUAUUGAUAUCAAUAUGACAGACAAAUAUGCUGGGACAGCAUUACAUGCUGCUGCACUUUCUGGCCACGUCAGCACAGUGAAAUUGCUGUUGGAAUGCAAUGCACAGGUGGAUGCUUUGGAUGUCAUGAAACACACUCCACUUUUCCGAGCUUGUGAAAUGGGACACAAAGAAGUGAUACAAACACUCAUUAAAGGAGGAGCAAGAGUAGAUUUGGUUGAUCAAGAUGGCCAUUCACCCCUUCACUGGGCAGCCCUGGGAGGAAAUGCUGAUGUGUGCCAAAUCCUGAUAGAAAAUAAAAUCAACCCUAACGUGCAGGAUUACGCAGGUAGAACACCUCUGCAGUGUGCUGCGUAUGGAGGUUACAUCAACUGCAUGGUAGUAUUACUGGAAAACAAUGCAGAUCCAAAUAUUCAGGAUAAGGAGGGAAGAACUGCUUUACACUGGCUCUGUAACAAUGGCUACCUUGAUGCUAUAAAGUUACUGCUUGGUUUUGAUGCUUUCCCUAAUCAUAUGGAGAACAGCGAGGAAAGGUACACUCCACUUGAUUAUGCCUUGCUUGGCGAACACCAUGAAGUGAUUCAGUUCAUGUUAGAACAUGGAGCUCUCUCUAUAGCUGCCAUACAGGACAUUGCUGCUUUCAAAAUCCAGGCUGUUUAUAAAGGAUAUAAAGUUAGAAAGGCUUUUCAAGAGAGGAAGAAUCUUUUGAUGAAACACGAACAACUGAGGAAAGAUGCUGCUGCCAAGAAACGUGAAGAAGAAAGUAAGAGAAAAGAAGCCUGCCUGCAGAAAGGAAUGCAGAACAUGGAACAAAAUAAGUUUCAAGUACAACUGAGUACAGCAGAUCGAGAGAAGACUGCCAGCACCUUGCAGUUAUCUAAUAAACAAACUGAUCUACAGAAUAAGAGACCUCUCUCUGUCAGCGCUUCUCAAAUCCAACUAGGGAGAAACAGUAGAGGUUCCCCUAAAGCUUGUCGCAGCAAAGGGUCACCAAAGGAGAGUUGCCUGUCUUCAGAGCCGCAGAGCGAAGGUCAUAACAUCAGGCAAGAAUUAUUGAGAAAACACAUCAAGAGCAAGCCAAGUUGUGUCCAUUUCCAUUGCGGCAAAGCAAAAGAGGUAACAAAAGUUGAAGCAAAACAUCAGGUUGCAGCUGCUACAGAACUGAAUGGAGAAAAGCACAAAGAGCACGCUGUGGAGGCAAAUGGUACUUCUGCUCAUGGUAACAGAAGGCAUGCUUCUGCUUGUGGGACUGCUGGUGCUGGGGAAAAAACAAGAGAUCAAAGUCUGUCUUCAUCUGGUAACAGGGGCCAUUGUGAAGGAACUUCUGUGGUCGUGUGCAAUGUUAGUUGUGCUGGUGGAAUUGCAAGAAAUUCAAAGCGGUGUGAAGCUGUUCCAAAAAGCAAGAGGCAUCAGCAGAAAUCCAGACAUAAAGAGGUAAAUUAUGAGAGAUGUUCACCAGCUGGCUCGAGUAGACCAGGGAGUGCCAAAGUGGUAUUUGUAAACACCAGAAAUGCCACUGUUCGUGCCAUAGAACAUGCUAACAAUGUGGGAAAUCAUGAAUUGGCAAAAAAGACCUCCCCGUUAUUGUCCACUGAGACUGAAUCUACAGGAACUGGGCCAAGAAAUCCAGCAGCGUGUUCUGCUCUUGAUGACAGUUUGAACUUGGAAAAGACAGGUGAAGUUGGAUCCAGGAGUGCAGGUGACCAACUAUGUUCUGUUGCGUGGCAAAGUACAAAUAUUGAACUGAUCCCUUUAGAGAUUCGGAUGCAAAUAAUAGAAAAAGAAAGAACAAGAAAAGAGCUAUUUCGGAAGAAAAACUAUGCUGCUACAGUUAUACAGAGGACAUGGAGAAGUUACCGUCUCAGACAGGAGUUGUCUCAGCUUCUUAGUGCUAAGCGGCAGCGCAAAGAAGAUGAAGACAAAUGGAGACAAGAGACAGCUGCCUUCCUCAUCCAAGUUGCUUGGAAGAAACAGCUGAACCAUAGCCCUCAGAAAUCAGUUCCUUCAUGUAAAAGCCUGAAAUCUGUAAACAAAACCAGCUCAGCCAUAAAAACCAGCAAGCAGUCCAUCCUGAAGCAGAUCUAUGGGCGUUCUCAGGAAGGCAGAGUGUACCAGCCAGCCAGACCUCCUUCUAAGCUGAAACUUUCCGAUGUGCAGCUGGUCUCAGCGAACAACCUGCAGUACGUUAAUUUGCUGGAGAACGUGGGAAAAUCAAAGCAGUUUUCAUAUAACAUGAGACCGAGCACUGCUGCUAAAUCCAAAAGCACGAGACUCGAGCACUAAGUGGAUGUUUGGGAUUUAAGGAGCAUUCUGGUACAAAUGUAACUUCUCAUCACGUGCAAGCCAUCUACAACAGCUAAAACUUGAACAUAUUCUCAGUUCUGUAUGACAUGCCAAGCAGGCUGCUAAGGAGCCUGGCUUAUUUGUGUACAAAUUUGUCUUUAUAUUUUAAUUUAUUUACUGAUACGAUGAAAUCUGAACUGCAUUUGGAAGCAGACAAUUAAGCGCUAAGCCCAGCACUGCAGCACAGUUGCAGUGGUUCACAAACAUUUACAUUGUUGGAAGAAGGGAUUUCGAAUAUGUGCUCAUUAAAUGCAAUUGCAAAGGAGAGUGAAACUGUACCGGGGCUGUAACAGUAACUGCUGUUUGGUUUCACCUCAAAAUUUACUAAAUGUAUCUCACAAUCCAUACAGGAAAGGAGGCAUAACCUUCGUGUCCCAUUUCUGUGCUAAAGAAUAGGUCAUUUCUCAACCUGUUUUAGGGAUUUGGAAGGGUAAGGAAAAACGCUGACAAAGAAAUCACUCCGUAAGUAAAUUUCUUUCCCCAGCACAUGGGAAGUGUUAGCGGUGUUUUCUACUCUUUGAAAUAAUCCCCCAUUAUUUAUUCAUUCAGAAUUGUAUUUUUGUACUUGCACAGAAUGAGUUUCUACAGAAAGCAAUACAGGGCAGGGCCUAUGCUAGUAGGAAACUUAUCUUUAGAGCAGUUGGAGCUGCUGCUGUACAGUAUUUACUUUGCACAACAUCUUCAAGAAUAGGAAUUCCUGAAAUCAGAAUAAUCAUUUAUGUGUCAAGUGGUGGACGUAUAACUUUUUUCUAGUUGGCGUUACGUAUUCAAAUUCUUUAAUUGGAUGGAGUGCAGAUGAAUCUCUGCUUCCCUCCGAGCACUUCAGCCUCAUGGAGGUCCCUUAUGACCCUUCCUGUGGUCCUUCUAGAAACCCACCUUCCAGUGAAGCCGCAGUUACGUGCCUGAAAAGAAAGCUAAAGGAGGGAUGCAGCUCUUUGUAAAAUUUUUAUUCUGUUUCACUUACAAAAAAAUGGACAAGCUUUGUUCCAACAUCUCCCGUUCAAAACUAAAUAGAAGUAAAUGCUUUACAAUAAAUGCAGUUCCACCUCUUUAAUAUACCGCGUUCAUAGGGCUGGGUCCCUGCGGGUGAGAGGCCAGGUAGAUGUUGAAGCAGUAAUGGAGGUCCGUCAGCCACUGCUCUUGGACUUCGCCACUCUUCAGGGUCUAGAAAGUAAGGGGGGAGGAGGGAAAUUCAGCAACAGCAUUUAUGAAGCUUUGCUUUGUUCUUACAGUUAAGCAGGUGCUCUGCUAAACACACCCCACGGCCUCAUUCACCGGCAUGCGGUGACAGUUCUCAUUUAACCCGUAUGUUUAAACACGGUACGUCUGUUAGUGCUGACAUAAUAAAGCGUUACUAUUUGGUAUGUGAA